GAAAGGAAGUUUUCUAUACAAGAAUGCUUCUCGGUCUCGGAGGUAAUUACACGGUCUGAUAGCCCAAAGGGACAUUGAGUGGUGCGCUAACUCUGCAUAUGUAUUUGAGCCCUCUGUAUUGCUCCAGAUCUUCAUUAGUUAGGCCUGCUACCUGGAUAUCAGAUGAAUAGGGUUGCUAAUCUGGUCGCCGCAGUGAGUGCCAUGUUGAAUGUGUGUGAGAUUGACAUGCUUGCAUCUGUUUUGGGGGACUGACCAUGUUUCAUAUGCUGGCUAGUUGGUAUUGGCAAGGACAUCGAAGUUUAUGACUGUUGUUUACUCAGAUUGAUCAUGCUGUCGACAACGUCAGCACUCGUUUUGGUUUUAGCUCAAUGGACCCAGAUUGUGGCAUAUAUUGGUUAACUUGGGAGACAGUUUGAACUGCAGAGGCUUGUUUUGGUCGUAGAAUGCUGUUUUGGGCCUAGGGUGAAGCUUCCUGUCAUCCUGUGCAACCAAGUUCAGUUUGGUGCUUCCGGCACAGCUGCUGUAGAGAGUAAAAAAAUAAUUUGCUAUCUGAUAAUUGGCUGCUGCUUGCACAAUCAAAACUGUCCAAACACACUCCAAAUUUAAACACAUUGUGAUUCAGCUUGGUUGUUCGACUGACUCAUGUUAUUGAUGACUCAACCAACAUGGAACAUCUGCAGUUUAAAUAACAUCCUUUUUCCUUCAUCUUGCUCUCGAAUGCUGUUCUGUGGUGUACAUCGUUUAUGGGAACUUGUAUCCAAACUGCUUCAAGCAUAAGCUGAAGCAUGGUUCUUAAGGCGCUAAGGCGAGAUAAGGCGCUGGACCACCGCCUAGACGCCUAGGCGAUGCCUAAGCGACGCCUAAGGCGAUGCCUAAGCGACGCCUAAGGCGAUGCCUAAGCGACGCCUAAGGCGAGCAAGGCGACGCCUUAUCAACCUGAGAAUCAGCAAAACAACCCCAUGAAGGAGGAAGAAAAAGAAAAAAGGAGAAGGAAGGGGUAGGAGGCCCAGCCCACCAGCCAGCCCAUAUAGUCCUUUUUCUGGCAACCCUAGGUUGCCUCUCUCCCCCACCAUUCAGCUGCUGCUGCCCCCGAUUUCGCCGCCGCCGCCUCAGCUUCGCCGCCGCCGCCGACGAUUUGGACGCUGCCUCCAACGAUUCGGAUGUCGCCGCCCUGGAUUUGGCCUCCGAUGCAGCCUCCGCCGCCCUGGAUUUGGCCUCCGCUGCUCCCGAUUCGGCGUUGCCACCCCGAAACGGCGCCGCCCCUUCCCCUUCCCCUCUGCCCUAUGCCCUCCCUCUUGCUGAUUUUUUACCUAGGCGACGGGGACGCCUUGGAUCUUUCGGGCGCCUGGACGCCUAGGCGACGCCUUUAAAACAAGGAGCUGAAGACUGAACUCAUGGUUCACAAAAUGGUAUAUGUGUUACUUAACUCUUACAGGGUGAACUACACUGGACCAGUUUGUGCCGUUCUUGAUAAGUAUGGUUUUGACUAGACCAGCUUUGGUCCAGUCCCUAUCUCCCAGAAGUAUCCACAUAAAAAGAAAAGCUAGUAAUAUCUAGCCUGCAUGUUGCUUUUGUUUGUUUAUUCACUAUGCCAGCCCUGUAUUUUAUCUCUAGAGCAGUCUCUAACAUAUCUUCUGUCCCUAAGGAGAUUUAUGAUGAUUUAUCUCAGAAGGAUGUGGAAAGCCUGAGUGGGAGGACACUAUCUAGUGCCAAUACUACAGCUAUUGGUCCCGCUUCUGCAGGAGGCGCAAAAGCCAACUCUAGUUGGAAGCUAAAGUCUGUUGUUACUCUUGCAUUGACAUUGCUAACAAGUUCUCAGGCAAUAUUAAUUGUGUGGUCAAAAAGAGCUGGAAAAUAUGAAUAUAGUGUCACAACAGCUAAUUUUUCGGUGGAGGCUUUAAAAUGCCUUCUAUCACUAGCUGCUCUUUUUAGGACGUGGAACUGCCAUGGUGUCACUGAUGAUAAUAGAUUAACCACAUCUUUUGAUGAAGUUGGUGUAUAUCCGAUUCCUGCUGUUCUUUACAUGGUAAAGAACUUAUUGCAGUACUAUAUCUUUGUCUACGUGGAUGCACCAGCUUAUCAAAUCUUGAAGAACCUAAAUAUCAUCAGCACAGGUGUUUUGUACCGCAUCAUUUUGAAGAAAAAGCUAAGUGAAAUUCAGUGGGCAGCAUUUGUUCUUCUAUGUGCUGGUUGCACAACAGCUCAACUUAAUCCUUCGUCUGACCAUGUGCUUCAAACUCCUAUUCAAGGUUGGAUGAUGGCAAUUGUGAUGGCUCUUUUGAGUGGUUUUGCUGGGGUGUAUACAGAAGCUAUCAUUAAAAAACGGCCAUCAAGAAACAUCAACGUGCAGAACUUUUGGCUAUACAUAUUUGGGGUGAUCUUCAAUCUAGUUGCAAUUUGUGUUCAGGAUUAUGAUGCAGUCAUGAAUAAAGGCUUUUUCCAUGGGUAUUCAUUCAUCACAGUUUUGAUGAUUCUGAACCACGCACUGAGUGGAAUUGCUGUUUCAAUGGUGAUGAAAUAUGCUGAUAACAUAGUCAAGGUCUAUUCAACUUCAGUUGCAAUGCUUCUGACAGCAGUUGUAUCUGUCUUCUUGUUCAACUUCCAUUUAUCCCUCGCAUUCUUCCUUGGAUCCACAGUUGUUUCCGUCUCAGUGUACCUGCACUCAAUUGGAAAACUUCAACCACAGAAAUAAGGAUUGGUGAAGAUGGAAUAUGGGAUUCAUUAUCGGUGUUUGGUGCUUUGAGGCUAUAAGAAAAGCUUCAGUGGAGAUGAGAUUUGAUUGCAUAGUUGUGAAAGUUAGUAGGUGGUCAAAGUAAGAACCAGAAAUGUAUUUUUGGAGGGGUUCUAGCUAUUAUCCGGUCUAGUUUUUGUUCUAUUCUAUCAAGUCGAGUUCGUUGAUCGCUAACCGCAUCCGUGCCUAGUUUUUGAUAUAUCAAACGCACAUUUAUUGUAAUGCUAGUAUUUUGAAAUACUAGGUAGUACCCAAUUGUUGUAUGGAGCUAGUUGUCUUUUCAUUCUAAUGUAUAGAAUUACCAUUCUUUUUACCA